AUGAACCUACAAGAAGUGGUUUCUGAAGAAAGGGUGUCUGACAAGAAGAAGGAAGAGAGUGGGUCAGAGGUUACUAAGAACCUUGGGGAGCAUUCGAAAAUAAUCAUAGAUCACCAAAUCAAGAUCCCUUAUUCGCAGAGCCUUCGAAAGAGUAAACUUGAUAAGCGAUUCUCUAAAUUUUUGGACAUCUUUCGAAAGCUACACAUCAGUAUCCCAUUUGCUAAGGCACUUGAACAAAUGCCAAGUUAUGUGAAAUUUAUGAAGGAGAUCCUGUCAAAUAAGAGGAAAUUGGAGGAAUAUGAGACUGUUGCACUCACUAAGGAAUCUAGCACCAUUCAUCGGAAGAAGUUGCCUCCUAAAUUUAAAGAUCCUGGAAGCUUUAACAUUCCAUUGAUGCCAUCUGACGAAGCCUUCGAUAUCUAUGCCUCCGCAAAUGCUCCCCCGAGCAAGAAGAAGUCGAGCAGACAACACCCUGGAGAAGGCAGUGGAAAGCCCUCCAGAAAAAGUGCUCGACCAGAGGACCCUCUAGCUCCUGCUCCCUCAACAAACGACAAGUUGCAGAGAUUGUCUAAGCACCGUCGUAGCCAGGAGGCCUUUGCCUGUCUUCCUGUGUUGAAACCCAAUCAGGUCCUUUCUCGUGGGUUCAACGAACUGCUCAGUGGUAUCUUAACCAUGAAAAAUGGCUGGCGUCGCACAGAGGAGGUCAAUGUAAUACAUGCCAAGGAGAUCAAGGCAUGUGAGGAGAGGGUUAAGGUGGUUGAAGACAAAAUCUCCACUUUAACCGAGGAGCUGAAGAGGAGCCAAGAAGAUAUGGCCAAAGUUGUUGCUACCAAGAAGAAGUUUAAGGAAGCCUUUGAGACUAACUAUAAAGAAGCAGCCAAACUUCAAGAGGAUCUGGAGGCAAGCAUGAAGGAGGCCUCUGGUCUAGAGGAUCAAGUCAAGCUGCUCGAGACAAAUUCCCAAUACUUGGAGAGGUUUUGA